GAGAUAGAGGAGAGAGGGGGAGAACGCAGGAGGAGGAGGAGGAGGAGAGAGUGAAGGAGAUACAGAGAAUGGGAAAGAGCUGAAGGCUUUUUCCCCUUUUCCCACAGAAAAUCCCUGUAUCCUGCCGGCAGCAUGAGAAGGAUCCGAGCCAAUGCCAUCGCCAUUCUGACAGUAGCCUGGAUCCUGGGCACAUUCUAUUACCUAUGGCAGGACAGCAAGCCCCACGCCGCAGCAUCCAGCAAGUCCCCGGGCAGGAGCCGAGCAGCUGGGAGGCAGGAGGUGCACCGAGAGGACAGGACCAGCCCUGAGGCUGUGACCUUGGCUUUCCAGACAGAAAAGGGGAAGCUGAAUGGCUUUGAUGAGAAGUCAUAUCUGUCCUCAAAGUUUAUUAAGGCUGGAGAGGAUCCAUAUCGGCAGCAUGCUUUCAACCAACUUGAAAGUGACAAGCUUAGCAGCGAGAGGCCCAUCCGGGAUACCAGACAUUACAGGUGUACUUCUGUACAUCAUGAUAAUGACUUACCCUCAACCAGUGUCAUUAUCACCUUCCACAAUGAGGCUCGCUCUACCCUUCUCCGAACCAUCAAAAGCGUUCUCAUUCGAAGCCCAGGAAAUUUAAUACAAGAGAUAAUCUUGGUGGAUGACUUCAGCACCGACCCUGACGACUGCCAGCUCCUCACUAAAAUCCCGAAGGUCAAGUGCCUCCGAAACAACCGCAGAGAAGGACUCAUACGAUCUCGGGUCCGCGGAGCAGAAUUGGCUGCAGCUCCAGUCCUUACCUUCCUGGACAGCCACUGUGAGGUCAAUAAUGAAUGGCUUCAGCCUCUUCUCCAGAGGGUCAAGGAUGAUCACACACGUGUGGUGAGCCCAAUUAUUGAUGUUAUCAGCCUUGAUAACUUUGCUUACCUGGCAGCUUCAGCAGAUCUACGGGGUGGAUUUGACUGGAGUCUUCAUUUUAAGUGGGAACAGAUACCCAUAGAACAGAAGAUGUCUCGCACAGAUCCAACAUCCUCUAUAAGGACCCCUGUUAUCGCUGGAGGCAUAUUUGUUAUUGACAAAUCGUGGUUCAACCAGCUGGGGAAGUAUGACACACAAAUGGACAUUUGGGGAGGAGAGAACUUUGAACUGUCCUUCCGUGUGUGGAUGUGCGGUGGCAGCUUGGAAAUUGUGCCCUGCAGCCGUGUUGGUCACGUGUUUAGGAAACGGCACCCGUAUGAGUUCCCUGAUGGAAACGCACUGACCUACAUUAAGAACACCAAGCGCACAGUGGAGGUAUGGAUGGAUGAGUACAAGCAGUACUAUUACCAGGCACGUCCUUCUGCCAUUGGAAAGUCCUAUGGGAGUGUGGCAGACCGUGUGGAACUGCGUAAGAAACUUAGUUGCAAGUCCUUCCAGUGGUACCUGCAGAAUGUCUACCCUGAAUUAAAGAUUCCAGAGAAGGAGGUGAUUUCUGGCCUUAUUAAGCAGGGAGGAAACUGCAUGGAGUCUCAGACACGGGACACAACUGGGAAUAUUCCUGUUAUGCUGACACAGUGUAAGGGGUCUGCAAACAGUGCGCCUGCUGCACAGGAAUGGGCACUGAGUGAAAAUGUAAUAAAGCAACAGGACAGGUGUCUAACCAUCUCUUCAUUUUCCACGGGAGCCCUUGUCAUGCUGGAACCUUGCAAUCAGAAAGACAGCAGACAGAAAUGGAAGUUAAAAGGGCACUUCCUGCAGCACAUUGGCAGCGCCCUCUGCUUGGACACCCAUUCUACCAGAGCUGUUAUUAACCCGUGCCAAUCGGAUUUGCUGAGCCAGCAGUGGGAGAUACUUCAGGCUACAUGAGAAACUGCAGAAUCCAUCCAUAUCCUGCUUUAUUUUCUUCAUAGAGCAGAGAUCUGCUGGUUGAGUUUAUAGACCAAAAGGUUCAGAACAUUCCACUCAGAGCCCUACAGGCCAUCUGCCUGGGACCUGACCCGCCGGCGCCGCCAGUCCACCAAGAGUGACAUUGUCGUCAUGUGUCGUCUGGACGCUCUCGGGGGACCCUGAAAUCUCCGGAAUUUAUCCGAUCCAUUGACUCAUUUUAAUUAAUAUUAAAAACCCUAUUUCUAUGUGCAGAUGUUUACAAAUCCCCUACUGCGAAAUGCAGUUUUUUAAAGUCCUGACCCACAUGGCUUGCUAGGAACACAAUCCAUUGUACAUGUUUUAGUUCUGGUCCAAACACACAGAGCGUUAUGAUCAUGUGACAGACUUUCUGGCCAGUACAGUUAUGAGUUACAGCUUUUAGGGCUAUAUGAGCUGCCUUUAGUCCUGACAUAUUGAGCUUUUCUGUAACAUUCCAUCAGUCAUUUUAAUGGAGGCAAGUAGCCCUGCCUUGUAAUGAUUUAUUUUACAUGCUUGUGCUUGAGAGGAGUGCCUGUAGUGUUAAUGGCCUCUCAUAAAACCAUUCUGCCCCCUGACAUACGGCUCUUGCAGGCCUAGACACCCCUGAUAUGGGGCAGUGCAUAAUCAUGAUUAUUUUUAAGCAUACCACAUCAGUAUCCUCGGCCAAGUGUUGCUCAUUAUAGGCCUCUCUGGCAUAGCUGUACUGUUAGAAAGUUUCUUGCAGAUGUUGCUCUGCCUGUGGACCAUCCUAUUGACAUGUACUGUGCAUGUUACACGUAUCUGGCUUCUGCUGUAUGCAGAGUAUUCUCACGUGGAGCCUUGUAUUUUUGUAGUGUUCUGAGACACACAGGCCAUCGGCAGCUCUCACUGCUGUCCCGUUCACCAGCGUUCCAUGCUUCUCAGACAGACAGGCCUAACGCACAAUGUCCCAUGGCACAACACAGCAUGCACACGGUGCCUCCGACACUUGCAUGUGACUGGCUCAGCUGACAUGUUGCUCUGUGAAUGUUGCAAGUUCCCCCGACGUGCUGCUCUGAAGCCACAUCUCUUCUCUCUCUGUGAUCUUAUGUUCCUUUUAAGAACCAACAUUGUUCUGGACAAAGAACAAGACAUUUUUUUGUUUAGCCGCACAAUGCACAUUGCUUGCACAUCAUUAUGAAAUAAUUUAUUGGUAUUUUA